AUGCCUGUCCGGAGGGGUCAUGUUGCGCCACAAAACACAUUUUUGGGAAUAAUUAUUCGGAAAUUCGAAGGACAAAAUAAAAAAUUCAUCAUAGCCAAUGCCCGGGUGCAGAACUGUGCUAUUAUCUACUGUAACGAUGGCUUCUGUGAGAUGACGGGCUUCUCCAGGCCGGAUGUUAUGCAGAAGCCGUGCACUUGUGACUUCCUGCACGGCCAGUUCACCAGCCGCCACGCUGUGGCCCAGGUAGCCCAGGCGCUGCUGGGGUCUGAGGAGCGCAAAGUGGAGAUCACCUAUCACCGCAAGGAUGGUUCAAACUUCCUCUGUGCCACCCAUAUCAUCCCUGUGAAGAACGAGGAGGGUGUGGUCAUGAUGUUCAUCCUCAACUUUGAUUACAUCCUGGAAGAAGGCAGCAGUGACUCGCUGGAGAGACUCAACCAUACCUCACCUUCCAAAGCUGACCAGUGGAGAUUAUUUCGCUUCCGUCUCCCAGCCUUACCUCUCCUUAGAAUCAGCAAGCAAUCCCUGCCCCAGGAAGACCCUGAUGCCGUCAUGGUGGACUCUCCUCGGUACAGCGAUGGCUCAGUAGCAACACGUGACUACCAACUUCCUACCACUCGAGAGAGCUGCAGUCCCUCUUAUGCCAACGACACCCGCGCCCUCAUCGGCCCCAGCCACUGCUCAACCCCAGUGUCUGGGCCUUUGGACCAUUCAUCGCCCAAAAGCCCCUGGGACCGGAUGUACCCGGACCAGGCCACUGCCCAGACCCAAAACCAGAGCCAAGAGGACACACUUACUGCAGCUCCAUCAAUCCCAGGCCUCACUCCAACUGCCUCCAGAGAGAGUGUGUGCAGUAUUCGCAGAGCCUCCUCUGUACAUGACAUGGAAGGCUUUGGGUGCAACUCCAAGAUGGUGUUCAGGGACCGGCAUGCCAGUGAAGGGCCGCUCAGCCAGAUCAAAUCGAGCCUGCUCGGCUCAACCUCCGACUCCAACCUCAACAAGUACACCACCAUCAACAAGAUUCCCCUCAUCACGCUCAACUUCUCAGAGGCCAACAAUGAUAAGAAGUGCCCCUCCCCUCCGUCCUCUGAGAAGACUAUCAUUGCUCCAAAAGUCAAAGACCGCACUCACAAUGUCACAGACAAGGUCACACAGGUUCUUUCUCUGGGUGCAGACGUGCUUCCUGAAUACAAACUCCAGACACCGCGGAUGGAUAAGUGGACCAUUCUUCACUACAGUCCAUUCAAAGCAGUCUGGGACUGGCUGAUUCUGCUUCUGGUCAUCUACACGGCCAUUUUCACACCCUAUUCUGCGGCCUUCCUCCUCAAUGACAUCGAGGAGCAGAGGAGGCGGGAGUGCGGCUACUCCUGCUCGCCCCUCAACGUGGUUGAUCUGAUAGUUGACAUUAUGUUUAUAGUGGACAUCCUUAUAAAUUUUAGGACCACUUAUGUCAACGCCAAUGAGGAAGUGGUCAGCCACCCGGCGAAGAUUGCCAUCCACUACUUUAAAGGCUGGUUCCUCAUAGACAUGGUGGCUGCCAUCCCUUUUGACCUGCUCAUCUUUGGCUCAGGAUCCGAUGAGACUACCACACUGAUUGGUCUGCUAAAGACGGCCCGUCUCCUACGGCUAGUACGAGUGGCCCGUAAGCUGGACCGCUACUCAGAGUAUGGUGCUGCUGUCCUCAUGCUGCUCAUGUGCAUCUUUGCCCUGAUUGCACAUUGGUUGGCCUGCAUCUGGUACGCAAUUGGAAAUGUGGAGAAGCCUUACCUGGAGCAUAAAAUUGGCUGGCUGGACAACCUGGGGGUGUCAAUAGGAAAAAAAUACAACUACAGUGACCCAAGCUCAGGUCCCUCCAUCAAAGAUAAGUAUGUCACAGCGCUCUACUUCACCUUCAGCAGUCUGACCAGCGUGGGCUUUGGGAAUGUCUCCCCCAACACCAACUCUGAGAAGAUCUUUUCCAUCUGUGUCAUGCUCAUUGGAUCUCUAAUGUACGCCAGCAUCUUUGGGAAUGUGUCCGCCAUCAUCCAGAGGUUGUACUCAGGUACAGCCAGGUAUCACCUCCAGAUGCUGCGAGUCAAAGAAUUCAUCCGUUUCCACCAGAUCCCAAACCCGCUGAGGCAGAGGCUGGAAGAGUACUUCCAACACGCUUGGACAUACACCAACGGCAUCGACAUGAAUAUGGAGGUCCUGAAGGGUUUUCCAGAGUGCCUGCAGGCGGAUAUCUGCCUCCACCUCAACAAGAGUCUCCUCCAGGGCUGUAAAGCAUUUCGUGGCGCCACCAAGGGCUGCCUUCGGGCCCUGGCCAUGAGGUUCAAGACCACCCAUGCGCCCCCUGGAGACACACUAGUCCACGGCGGAGAUGUACUUACGGCACUCUACUUUGUCUCCCGUGGCUCCAUUGAAAUCCUAAAAGAUGACGUUGUGGUGGCCAUCCUGGGCAAGAAUGACAUCUUCGGUGAGAUGAUCCACCUGUACGCCAAGCCAGGGAAAUCCUGCGCAGAUGUGCGGGCGCUGAGUUAUUGCGACCUGCAAACCAUUCAGAGGGAGGACAUUCUGGAGGUGCUGGACAUGUAUCCAGAAUUCGCUGACCACUUCUUCACUAACCUGGAGCUGACUUUUGACCUCCGUGAUGAAAAAGCAAAGACGACCUACCCACAAGCAACUGAUUCCAACAUGGAUGAUGACAAGUCUCGAAGACGGGUCUCAUACAAAAGAAAAUCCUCCUCAGGCUCCCACAACAAGGAGGCUACGGUCACCUACUGCGACACCAAGCAGACGAGGCAGGUCUACGCUUCCUCAGCAGCUGAAGAGAGGCGAGAGUCUGCUGAGGAGGGAGAGGAGGAUGAGGAUGAGGAUGAGGAGGAAGGCAGGGAGGAGGAAGAGGAGCAGAGGCCCUUGUGUUCUGGUGUGCUAGGCUACCCGGUGGUAAGGGACCACACCCUGGGCCUUGGGUUGAGCAGUUCUUCCGACGCACAGGCUGGAGACAACACACAGAACCAGGAAUAUAAAGAGCUCCACCCUGACAAGUGGGUGUGUCAGCGUCCCAGUGAGGGUGCAGAGGAGUCGAUCCAGUGUCAGGAGACGCCAGCCGGGGAGGAUGACAGUGACACAGAGCUCACCUAUGGAGAGGUGGAGCAACGUCUAGACCUGCUGCAGCAGCACCUCAACAGACUUGAGUCCCAGAUGACUGCAGACAUCCAGGCCAUCCUGCAGCUCCUCCAGAGGCAAACAGCAGCUGGUCCUCCAGCUUACAGCACUGUCACCUCCAGCCCAGAGUACCAGAGGCCAUUGGUCAGGAUCCAGCUGGUGUCUGCCAUCGAUCUGAGCCCCGCCCCCACUCGGCCCCAGAGCCCCGGCUCAGAAAGAGCCCCAAACACAUCCAAAGAAACCUUCCCAGUCCAUCUCCACACAGAAACUCUUCCGGAUGGGGAACUAGCUGGACUGCUUGAGAAAAAUGCCAACGCUGAGCAGAGUGACACGCUGGACUUAGCAGAGCAGCACCACCAACAUCCACCGAAGUUCCCGUCAAGCCGACAAGCCUCUCUACCCGAUGUCCCCAGCGGCUCAGGAACAUUGGGUCUCCACAGGCCAGUCUCUGACCCGGGGCUUCCAGGAAAGUAGCCCCACCCUCCUACUAACCCUUCGACAAUGACUGAAGGUUAUCUCUAAAGCUUGACUCAGGGUUUAAGAAAGAGACUGAAUAUGCAAAGGUUAAAAAAACUGUAGACAUUCUUCCAUUCCUUUUGAGAACCCCCCCCUCCCUCUCUUCCCCCUGCUCUGAUUUAGAUGUAUAAAGUCCAUUUAUACAGAGGUAUUCAUACACUAUAUUACUACCACAUGUAAAGUCAUCAUCUACCAUGUACAUAGUUGAAAUAGAACACUGCCAGCAACUCAAGGCACCUAAUGUGCUCUUCCUAAAAGAUAUGCAUGAUCUUGGUUCUCAUGUUGUCUUUCUGUUGCAUGUUUCUCACACACAUACACACACACUGCAACCCACCAUUCAUUCAGGGGUGACCUCAGUACGCUCACAGACUUCACACAGACUGUAGCUAUCUAAGUCUCAUUUUCUACUACUGCUCCCUCCUCACAGGGAACAAAGCUACUUGAAACUCUU